CGGUGCGCAGGCCCUGCAGUGUCAGACGGCGGGCAGCAGCUGCGGCGAGAGGAGCGCGCACCGUUACUCCCCGUUUCCCGAACACAGCGACGCAUUUGUCGGCUUUAGACGCCAGCACGCUCAACAUCCGACAUGGUGGACCGCGAGCAACUGGUGCAGAAGGCCAGGCUGGCCGAGCAGGCUGAGCGAUAUGACGACAUGGCAGCCGCCAUGAAGUCGGUCACGGAGCUGAAUGAGGCACUUUCCAAUGAGGAGAGGAACCUGCUCUCUGUAGCCUACAAGAACGUGGUCGGCGCGAGGCGUUCAUCCUGGCGCGUCAUCUCCAGCAUUGAGCAGAAGACGUCGGCCGACGGUAACGAAAAGAAGAUUGAAAUGGUUCGGGCUUACCGGGAAAAAAUCGAGAAGGAGCUGGAGACAGUUUGCCAGGACGUGCUCAACCUCCUCGACAACUUCCUGAUCAAGAACUGCAACGAAACGCAGCACGAGAGCAAGGUGUUCUACCUGAAGAUGAAGGGCGACUAUUACCGCUACCUGGCCGAGGUGGCCACCGGCGAGAAGCGCGCCGCCGUCGUCGAGUCCUCCGAGAAGUCCUACAGCGAGGCCCACGAGAUCAGCAAGGAGCACAUGCAGCCCACUCACCCCAUCCGCCUGGGCUUGGCUCUCAACUACUCCGUCUUCUACUACGAGAUCCAGAACGCCCCGGAGCAGGCGUGCCACCUGGCCAAGACCGCCUUCGACGACGCCAUCGCCGAGCUGGACACCCUCAACGAGGACUCCUACAAAGACUCCACUCUCAUCAUGCAGCUGCUACGAGACAACUUGACGCUGUGGACGAGCGACCAGCAGGACGACGAGGGAGGCGAGGGCAACAACUAAGAAGAGUCCGCAACCUCAUUCUGCCGAAACACCACGACGGUCGCGCUCACAAAUGACAAAAUCAAAUCAUACUGAAAAAGUUAGAAAUUAAGAUCAACAGCGGGUGGGAGGUAAGAGGAGCAGCCAAUGGUACUAACACAGCUGCUGUCCUUUAUUUUUCCACAAACUAAAAGUGAAAUAAGUAGGAGAAAAGAAGACCUUAGCCUGAGGUAUAAACUACAGUUAUUCAACAAAAAAAAAGAAAAGAAAAGAAAAACAUCCAAACCAAGAAUGAAUGGCCCUUGUUUGGUAGCCUCUGCAGCAUUUGCUUGAAUAGCACUUAGAAGCGAGAGGUGUGUCUUUGGCGCCAGCGUCGAGACGCAUCUCACUGGCUGGUGGAGAACGGUGUCAUUAUGCAAAUGAAGCGGAGGUGUCUUAUUGCAUCGACUGACGGGGGGAGCAUCCGCAAAUCCAGUUUGAUGAGUGCGCAAGUGGGAAAAUUGGAGCAAGCUUGAAUGUCAAGGCCUUGCUUUUCACGAGAGGGCAAGCAGACAGAUGACAAAUGCGGCUUAUAGGGGCGUCGACAUACACGCGUAUUGACGUGACAUCUUUAGUUGCAGCACACUCGCUUUGGGUCGUUGGGUGAAAAGCAGCUUGUCUCUGUUAUUGAGGAGAACGUGGAGAAGAGCGAGAGAGAGAAAAAAAAAGUCUUCUUUUGUUUUGCUUUGUGUCGGGUGUGUGUCCAGCUAAGUCACACAGUCAUACUGUAACUAAAUAUAGAACUUCAUGAAGUAAACUUAGUGAGUGCAGCUUGUCCUUAUCAUGUGCUGAUGUGCUUUAUUGAAUAAAUUAACUGUUUUUGGACACCUAAUCCUAAGUGUCAGUAUUGUCGUCACUAUAAUAACCUCCAUUGGCUCCUGCUGUUUGGAGUGAAGGAUUAUAUUCCCAAAAGUCACAUAGCAAACUGAGCAAAGUGGCGUUUGGUAGUGGAGAAUGAUCACAAGGGCAAGAAAUGGGUCCACCCUUCCUCUCAAAUGGCUUCUGGAACCACAAGGCCGAAGCGUUCGCGCACGGCGGCCGGAGCCACAAGGCUCGAUUUGCCCUUGCUUUUGCCGAUGACGGUAUUUGCUUUCUUCAUUGUAAGAUGAGAACUGCUGUAGUAUUCUCCAUAUUGCAGUAUUGUGCAUGCCGGUGAUGUAUUUAUAGUAUAGAGUAGCUUCAAUUUAUUCACUUACGCUGUAGAUGUUAUGUAUUCAUAGGAUAUUGGAAAAUACUAGACCUUAUUUCAGAUGAUUUUCUAUUUAUUUCUUUUUAUCGCAAUUGUUCGCUAGACUUUAUUUUCAAAUGUGUUUUCUUUACUCCGUUUGCUGAAGUACGCUAUACCAAAACAGUCAUUGUUACCAAUAAAUUGAUCUGUUACAGACAUUA